CGGAUGUGGUCUCUUAUUCCGGAUAGAAGCCUGGGCCUCUCGGACCGGCGUCGUUUAUUAUCCCCGUGGCUUGCGUCGGAUAUCAUACAUAUCUUAUCGGAUCAGAUACAUCGAAUAUCUGCAGGUCCGGUGGGGGAUCGUGGGGUUGGAACAGCUUUAGGAAGAAGAAGGGAUGGGGAGGGUAUUCACGGUGGAAUUGGACGGGAGGAUCUACCGCUGCCGGUUUUGCCACACCCAUUUGGCCCUCGCCCAAGACGUCGCCUCCCGGGCUUUUCACUGCCGUCGCGGAAAAGCAUAUCUUUUUAACAGUGUUGCAAAUAUCUCAGUUGGAGAUAAAGAGGAGAGAAUGAUGCUUUCUGGGAUGCACACUGUUGCUGACUUAUUCUGUUGCUUCUGCGGGCAAAAUGUGGGCUGGAAAUAUGAGCUGGCGCAUGAUAGAAGUCAAAAGUACAAGGAGGGCAAAUUUGUUUUGGAAAGGGGUAAACUAGUAGAUGGUUUUGACGCGGAGUUCUAUAUUGACACCCGCCCAAGUGGAAGUGAUGCUGAUGAAAAUUAGCCCCCCUGUGUGUCCGUGUGCUUGAUGAGUUCUGCCAAAAACUGGAAGAAGAGCAUUAAGUAAUGUUGUACGUUAACAAAUUUGCUCAGACUAUCAGAUUUUGAUAUUUUCAGGAGCUGGCUGGAUAUAAAAUGAAAACGCUUUCUUUAUCCUCCUAUGCUAUCUAGAGUUUGGUAGGGGUUGCAGCUUACUUUGAUCCAUCAUGUACUCAAUCCUGAUUUUACUUGAUCGACUGUGGAAGCAAGGUGGGAGUGGGCAACGGUAGAAUUUA